AUGUACCUUGAAAAACUAUUCAAUCACACUGUUUUUCUUGCACUGCCGGUUUGUUCUGGGAAGAAUAAACGUCUCUUGAUAGAAGGGAUUACAAGAGAUACAAGGUCUCUCUUCCCAGAGAGACCUUGUAUCUCUUUUCAUGUCAUCUACGGUCACAAGCUCAAUGUGAGUCACAUCCUUGAAGGGUCCUGUGACAUCUUCCAUGAGCCUAUCUAUCCAAGGUUCACUAAGGAGACCUGCUUGCCAGAAUGGUGCUACUUGCAGCAGCAAUAUGUACCAAGUCUGGGAAAGAUCCCAGAAUAUUGCCGCAACAUGGAUGAGAAAGACAUAAUAGACAAUUCGUUCAAUCUCAUAUUUGCUUUUGAUGAAAUAGUGGCUCUAGGAUACCGUGAGAGUGUGAACUUGGCUCAGAUUCGCACUUUUGUAGAAAUGGAUUCGCAUGAAGAAAGGGUCUAUCAAGCUGUCAGACAGACUCAAGAGAGGGAGGCUAAACAAAAGAUGCGUGAAAAGGCGAAGGAGCUCCAGAAGCAGAGGAUGGAAGCUGUUAAAAGAGGUGGAAAGCCCAGUUAUUUUGGGUCUGGAGGUUCGGGAGGUUUUGGCUCAGGAAGUGUACCAUCUGCUCCAUCUGUGGGUGACAUUGCAUUCGCUCCAGAGCCUGGUCUACCCAAGUCUCCUUAUAAGUCACCCACGAAGCCUAGUGGGCCAAGCCGUGCCUUGAAAUUAGGAGGGAAAGGAAAGGAUGUUGACAGUUUUGUGGAUCAGCUGAAGUCAGAAGGAGAAACGGUAGUCAACAAUCCUCCUCCUGUGAAAUCUGGAUCAAUUCCCUCUCCUGUUGCCAAAAUUACUCCACCACAGCACACAGAACCGGUUCAUCUGCGCAUUGAAGAGAAGAUUACUUUGACUGCCAGUCGUGAAGGUGGGCUCCAGAAUAUGGAAGUACAGGGCCUGAUGACUCUCCGCAUCUCAGAGCAAACAUUUGGUUUCAUUCGGGUGAUGCUUGAGAACAGAGAUAAACGUGGCAUUCAAGUCCAGACACAUCCAAAUGUGGAUAAGGAGCUCUUCAAACGGAAGGGUGAAAUUGGUCUCAAGAAUUCAUCCAAAUCAUUCCCCUUGAAUACUGAUGUUGGAGUUCUUAAAUGGCGGCUUCAGACUCAGGAUGAAAGCCUCAUUCCUCUCUCCAUCAAUUGCUGGCCAUCUGAGAACAAUCGGGGUGGCUGUGAUGUCAACAUUGAGUAUGAUUUGCAAGAUGAAAGUCUGGAGCUGAAUGAUGUAACAAUCACCAUACCUCUCAGGGCUGGGCCAGGGGUUCCCCCACCAGUAGUAGCAGAAUUUGAUGGUGAAUACUUUCACAACACCAAACUUAGUGCCUUGCAGUGGAAGCUGCCAUUGAUUGAUGCUAGCAACAAGUCUGGAGCCAUGGAAUUUGCUGCUUCGGGGGCUCCUGAUGACUUCUUCCCUGUUAAUGUCAGUUUUGUCACUCAGAAGGCCUAUUCUGACAUCACUAUUGUGGAUGUGAAGCAGGUUCAGGAUGGCUCCUCAGUGAAGCAUUCACUUGAAGAGAUCUUCUUCCCAGAGAAGUAUGAGAUUGUAUAGAGAUCAAUCUGGAUGGGCACACAUUUCUGAUCUUUACCCAGUUCUCUCUUUCUUUCUCUCUCUCUCUCUCGUGUGGUUGCUUGGGUUUUGUAUAAUUUUUCCUAUUGUAUGAUAACACAUUAUUUAUGUUUCUAAAGCAUCAUCUCCUGGUACUUUGGUUUUGUUAAAGUAAGUAUGCAAUCAUUUCACAUUCGCAGUGCAUUCCAACUGUGAUCGGCUCAUCCUUCCUCUGUUUUCUUGUGUAAUUCUCUCACCAUGUAUUGAUUUGAUCAUCUAAGAAAAUAUAGAUAUUGUUGCAUGAGUGCUGGUACAUUAGAAAAUGCACAGAAAUAUGAAAUUGAUUAUUGGAAUGGAAUUGAAUUAGUUCAGGGUGUCGACAAAGGAUGGUUAGAGAUAAUGCUAGAGUGCUAUUAGAGGCUGGUCUUUCCAUUCUCUUGGAGCUUGAAGGGGAAUUUCACAUUAUGAAUGCCUAUAUGUAUGGGGCCUUGGAAACAAAGAAAAGUCUGUUCCUUUGAGAACUGUCUCUUUCUUAACCAAUCGCAUAAGUUAUUUUUUAGCAAAAGAAAGUCAACAAAAUCCCUCUCAUAUACAAGAAAACAACAAAAGAUGACAACCAGCACCUUGAAGUAAAAUCUCAGGAAUGAAUUGCACAACCAUAAAAACUUGGAAUGAAAAUUGCCAUAUAAACUAUGGCUCACAAAAUGUUUAGCAAAUUCUGCUAAGUAAAUACCUGGAAGAUCCACUAAAUAUGGAUGAAGCAUCUGUCACUGUCAUUUUAUGUAACUCGACUGAGGAAAGUUACAUCUCACAAAAUCUCAAAAAGUUCAUGAGUUAAGAGAUCUCUCCUAGAAUCCCUGUAUUGUUACCUUUACAUGUUGUCUUAAGUUCCCAAAAGCAGAUUGCACAAAUCCUGUUCCAUAAGAGUAAAUGCAUUAUUAGAUCUCAGCAGAGAACUAAAAUUCAGUGUCCAGUGGCAUAACUUGAGCAAGAUGUAUUGUUGCAACUUCUCUUUGUUACAUUUGAAAAAAAAUCCCCAAG